CCCACAGAACCAUGUAUGCUGCACUUUCAGGUAUUACUGCAGAACCCUUUACAGUUUAUUACAAAUGAGCUACAGGUCAUAGAUGUAAAUGACCAUUCCCCGGUAUUCUUUGAAGAUAAAAUGCAGCUGAAAAUCGUAGAAAGCACCCUGCCAGGAACAGUAAUUCCUUUGGGAAGUGCUGAGGACUUGGAUGUGGGAAGAAAUAGUCUCCAAAACUACACGAUCGCUCCAAAUUCCCAUUUCCACGUACUGACACGCAGUCGUAGGGACGGAAGGAAGUACCCAGAGCUAGUGCUGGAUAAAGCGCUGGAUCGGGAGGAGCAGCCAGAACUGGGUUUAACGCUCACGGCAUUGGAUGGCGGCUCUCCACCACGGUCUGGGACAGCCCAGAUUCACAUCGUGGUCUUAGACAUAAACGACAACGCCCCAGAAUUUGCACAGUCGCUCUAUGAGGUUCAAAUUCUAGAGAACAGCCCCAUUAACUCUGCCAUUGUCACUGUCUCAGCUUCUGAUUUAGAUACAGGAAAUUUUGGGACAAUAUCAUACGCAUUUUUUCAUGCUUCUGAAGAAAUUAUCAAAACUUUUCAACUAAAUCCAAUUACUGGUGAAAUGCAACUAGUCAAAUAUUUGAAUUUUGAAGCAAUUAAUACUUAUGAAGUCGACAUCGAAGCCAAAGAUGGCGGAGGCCUUUCGGGAAAAUCUACAGUCAUAGUUCAGGUGGUUGACGUGAACGACAACCCACCAGAACUGACUUUGUCGUCAGUUAACAGCCCUAUCCCUGAGAACACUGGAGAGACUGUGGUGGCUGUCUUCAGUGUUUCUGAUCUGGACUCUGGAGACAAUGGAAAAGUGAUGUGUUCCAUCCAGAACGAUCUCCCCUUCCUCCUGAAACCAUCUGUAGAGAAUUUUUACACUCUAAUGUCAGAAGGAGCGCUGGACAGAGAAAGCCAAGCCGAGUACAACAUCACCAUCACCGUCACCGACUUGGGGACGCCCAGGCUCAAAACCGAGCACACCAUAACCGUGCAGGUGUCCGACGUCAACGACAACGCCCCUGCCUUCACACAAAGCUCCUACACCCUGUUCGUCCGCGAGAACAACAGCCCCGCCCUGCACAUCGGCAGCGUCAGCGCCACAGACAGAGACUCGGGCACCAACGCCCAGGUCACCUACUCGCUGCUGCCGACCCACGACCCGCACCUGGCCCUCGCCUCCCUGGUGUCCAUCAACGCGGACAGCGGACACCUGUUCGCCCUGCGGUCGCUGGACUACGAGGCCCUGCGGGCGUUCGAGUUCCGCGUGGGCGCGGCAGACAGAGGCUCCCCCGCGCUGAGCAGCGACGCGCUGGUGCGCGUGGUGCUGGUGGACGACAACGACAACGCGCCCUUCGUGCUGUACCCGCUGCAGAACGGCUCUGCGCCCUGCACCGAGCUGCUGCCCAGGCAGGCCGAGGCGGGCUCCCUGGUGACCAAGGUGGUGGCGGUGGACGGCGACUCGGGCCAGAACGCCUGGCUGUCGUACCAGCUGCUCAAGGCCACGGAGCCCGGGCUGUUCGGCGUGUGGGCGCACAACGGCGAGGUGCGCACGGCCCGGCUGCUGAGCGAGCGCGACGCGGCCAGGCACAGACUGCUGGUGCUGGUCAAGGACAAUGGCGAGCCGCCGCUGUCGGCCACCGUCACGCUGCACGUGCUGCUGGUGGACGGCUUCUCCCAGCCCUACCUGCCGCUGCCGGAAGCGGCGCGGGAGCGGGCGCAGGCCGACUCGCUCACCGUCUACUUGGUCAUCGCGCUGGCCUCGGUCACCUCGCUCUUCCUGUUCUCGGUGCUCCUGUUGGUGGCGGUGCGGCUGUGCAGGAGGCGCAGGGCGGCCUCGGAGGGUCGCUGCUCGGUGCCUGGGGGCCGCUUUCCGGGCCACCUGGUGGAUGUCAGCGGUACGGGGACCCUGUCCCAGAGCUACCAGUAUGAGGUGUGUCUGAUGGGAGGCUCAGGGACAAAUGAGUUCAAGUUCCUGAAGCCGAUUAUCCCCAAUGGUCUGAUUCAAAAUACUAAGCAGAACUAG